AUGGGUUUGGUUGAUUUAAUUAAAGCACAGAAACACAUAAAGAAAUUAUCAUGUUUCACAUCCAAUGAUUCCAUACCUAAAUUAAUCAAAGAGGCAUUGUUACUUCAUGCAAAUAAUUUAGUGGAAUAUACCAGUAUUGGAUGUUGUGAUCUGGAUUAUUCAUUGUCAGACUUUAAGAGUCUUAAAUCUUUAAAUAUGCAAAGAUGUAGUCUUGUUAAUGAUUUUGAUGAUAUUUUUGAUGAGAAUUUGAAACUUAAUCUACUAGAGAAAAUUAAUGUUAGUAUUGAAGGACAAGAUUGUGUAUAUACUUUGAGUAAAUUUUUCCAAUUGAAUGGCAAGAAUCUUAAAGUUAUUCAGUUUGAUGGACAAAAAUGGUUACUUUUAGAUGAUGUUUUAGAGAUGUUUUUCAAAAAAUGGACUGGCUAUACACCAAUCCAUAUUGAACUUUUUAAUGGUUGUGAGGAAAUGAUUGAUGAUGAUAUUGACAAUGAAGUUAAAAUGAUUGAACUGUUGACUCAAUAUAAAGAAAAAGGAUUAUUAAAUUUUAAUUUCUUUGAUUCAAUUGCAAAAUUUGAUAUUUUCUUGGAAUCAUUAUAA